AUGGCCUUGCACGUAGUCUUCAUGACCCUCGCCUUCUUCGUCGCCCUCCCUGUCGGCAUAGCAAUGCGUGCUUUAAACCAUUCAUGGCACGGUCUCAUCCUACUCGCAUUCUAUAGUUUAUGCGCACUCGGGUGUGCUUCCGGUACAUUAUACACCAAAUUGACACCAGAUAUGUAUGAAGCAUCAACCCAUGCAUCCCACGGUUACUUGCUCCUAAUCCUAAGUUUAUGCCUUUCCGCGGUCGACAUCAUCCGCUUUUUCAUUCGUCUAUAUACGUUCGCCAAGAGCAAAUCCAAGUUCGCCUUCAAACCAUUUUGGCAGAAUAUUGUUCUCGGACGUAACGAUGUCUACGACCUCGCAGCCAGGUACACUACCUUAGACGUCGACGAAGCCUCAGAAUUCGAUGUAGCUGAAAUGAAACCUCCGAGGCUCGCUGAACCUCUUCAUGUGCGACGGAAUCAACCCAUUCCAACCAUUCAGACCCAGAAUCUGGAUGAUCCCGAUGAUGAUCAAACAGCGCCCUGGGUCAACAACUCUCGAAAUACUCAAGGAGCAACCCAUUAUGCGCAGUCUAGCUUGUCGGAGAGGACCGUAUUUGAAGUUGAUUCUCCCCAUGGUUCUAGGCACUCUGACGAAACCUUGCAUGAUUUCAAACUUUCUGCUCUCAUCGAGUCACGUGCUCCCCUAAAUCGCAUUAGUCAAGCAGCAUUUGCUACCUUCGAGAGAGCAUUGGUCUUUGCAGCUUUUGGUAUGACACUGUCGGGCAUUGUCGUUUACACCGGUGGCUGUCGUGACAGCUAUAUAAACGUCUGUCUUGCACAUCUAAUCAAGGGCGGCAUCUUCUGGUGUUAUGGCUUGGUCACCUUUGCUCGGUACCUUGGAUCUUUCUCUGAGCUUGGAUGGGCUUGGAAUAUUUCACCGAGUGGUGAACAUGUUUCUGCAGAAUUCGUGGAGUCGCUGGUCAUUUUCCUCUACGGGAUCACCAACACUUGGAUGGAACGUUUUGGCGUUCGCUCCGGUGACCCUUACACCACCAAGCAGGUACAGCAUAUAAGUAUCGCUGUCAUGUUUUGGUUUGCCGGACUCGUUGGGAUGGGAAUUGAGUCCAAGCGUGUUCGCCGCUGGCUUGCAGCACCUGCUGUAGACGCUAUCGGCCCAACUGAGGUUUCCGAGCCCCCAAGCUACCGUGCCAGCUUCAACCCUUUCCCUGCUCUCGUCAUCGGCGUAACCGGUGCUGCAAUGAGCGCUCACGCCCAGACUUAUCUCUUCCAGGUACAGAUACACGAGCUAUGGGGAUGGCUCCUUUUGGGAUUCUCGGUCUUAAGGUGCUUCACCUACUUCUUUGUCUGGCUUGGCCCGCCCCGCUCUAUCCUUCCCUCUCGACCGCCGACAGAAGCUCUUGCAAGCUUCUUCCUUGCAUGUGGUGGUUUGAUGUUUAUAUUCAGCACGGAAGAAGUUACAAUUGCGGCUAUGCGGAAAGGGCGUGAUGAUAUGAUGAUGUUCCUCAACGUCGCCGUUGCUAUCACAUGCUUCGCGUUCUGCUGGACGUUCUGCCUCGUUGCGAUGAAAGGAUGGCUCAGGUCCCGAAGCAGUCCUCGCUACCCGCUCUCAGGUCCAUGA